AUGAGGGAGCGGCAGCGGUGGCAGCCGGAGGAGGACGCGCUCCUGCGGGAGUACGUGAAGCAGUACGGGGCGAAGGAGUGGGCGCUGGUGUCGGAGCGCAUGGGGCGCCCGCUCCACCGCGACCCCAAGUCGUGCCACGAGCGCUGGAGGAACUACCUCCGUCCGGGCCUCAAGAAGGGCUCGCUCUCCCCCGACGAGCAGUCCCUUCUCAUCUCCCUCCAGGCACGGUACGGCAACAAGUGGAAGGCCAUCGCCGCCCACCUCCCCGGCCGCACCCCCAAGCGCCUCGGGAAGUGGUGGGAAGUCUUCAAGGAGAAGCAGCUCAAGCUCAAUACCAACCACACUUCCUCCUCCUCUUCGUUCUCCUCUUCUUCCUCCCCCUUCGCCUUUCCGCCCUCUGUUUCCGCCGCUGGCGCCGCCUCCCCUAGCGCGUACGAACACAUCCUCCACACCUUCGCCGAGAAGCACGCGCUCAAUAUGACCUGUGCCGACCACUCCCCGUCUCCAGGCAGCUCCUCGUCCGCGGCGGCGGCACCGUCGGUGGCGCUCUCGCUCUCAAUCUCGCCGCCUCCGGCGCCGGAGCUCGCGCCGCACCAGCUGUCUCUCGUCGCGAGGCUGUGCGAGGAGGUGGAGGAGGGACGGCGCGCCUGGGCGCAGCACCGGAAGGAUGCGGCGUGGCGGCUGAGCCGGCUGGAGCAGCAAAUGGAGACGGAGAAGGCGCGGAGGAAGCGGGAGAAGGUGGAGGAGGUGGAAGAGCGGAUUCGGCGACUGAGGGAGGAAGAAAAGGUGUGGCUGGAGAGGGCGGAUGCAGAGUGGAGGGAGAGAAUGGGACACUUGAGGACGGAGGCGGAGGCCGAGGAGAUGGAAAAGGCGGAGGCGUGGGCGCGCAAGCAGACCAAACUCCUUUCGUUGAUCCAGACAAUCGCCGGCGGCGAGGGGCGGGGGUCGUCUCGUGACCACUCCAUUCUUCAAUUUCCUUAG